UGACAGCGCGAUCCGUGUAUAGCUAGCUAGCUCCUGAGAAGAGAGAGAAAAGAUUAAGCAUGAAUAUGAAUGUGUCUUCAAGGCGACUUACUCCUCAGGGACUUGAUCUUCUAGGUUAGUAUGAGUUGUAAUUUCAGUCCAGAUGAUGUAUUGAGCACCAGUCCAAACGCUGCAAUCAUGACGAGUCCCUAUGCUGACCAGAGUCGGCCCAUCCUGGACUCCGUGUCUUCGGGCAGUGGCAAUUACUCCUCCAUCGAUCGCAACAACACUGCCAACAAGCUGCUGGAGGAGAAGACUAACCCACUGGAGCAGAAGACUAACCCACUCUCGCCGACAGGAAGUGGGCGGGGAAUUGGCUCCUCCACGUACUCCUACGAAGAGCUCAGCAGUGGCCUCAUGUGCCCCACCUGCCAAGGGACGGGGAAGAUCCCCAGAGGGCAGGAAGACGACCUGGUCGCUUUAAUUCCAUACAACGACAAACGUCUGAAACCUCGAAGGACCUGGCUCUACGUCUCCCUCUCAAUCCUCUUCUGCGUUGUCCUGGCCGGCAUCCUGUGUGCCUUCCUCAUCCCCAGGUCCAUAGAGGUUGUACACGACAACGUCACCACCCUCCAUGUUGACCUGAACGUGACAGACGACAGGUGUUUCAUGACUUUAAAGUCGAUUUACAAUGUCACAAAUAACAAUUUUGUGCCUGUGAUGACAAACGACAUCAAGAUUCAAGUCACCGUCCUCUUCCAUAAGCAGAUAUUUACGUUCCCGAAAUUUGUUCCCAAUAGCCCCAUCCCCGUUAGAUCUACAGUGCAGAUUAAAGAGCCGCUUAACAUGACUUUGACAAACAAAGAUUUCCCAAUAACUUAUUGCCGUCCUUCGGGAACACGUGACAAUUUCAUCUACAUGCAGUUUGAGUCGACCUUCAACUUUACUCUGAUGACGCAGAACGACCAGAAAGUAGUUAACGAGUAUUUUCGCGUCAAUUGCAAUCCCAAGCAGGCCAAGGAUGAUGAGCCGCAGCUCAUCUUGGAGGCAGUUGAGUUUGAUGAAUAUGCCAAGAUAUACACUUAGAACGUGUUAUGAGAGUUUCUUAGCAUUUCUGAUCAUUCGUGAGAUAUUCCCAUAUGGGAAUCUCAGAAUUCCUGAAUGGGAACCUGGAGUCUCUGCACGGAAACCCAGAUUCCCAUAUAGGAACCCCAACAUUCCACAUUUAAGCUUGGCAUUCUUGUAUGGGAACCCAGCAUUCCAACACUGGAACCUGGCUUUCCAAGACCUUCUCUUUUGUUGACACAAAGUGACCGCCAUUUUGAAUGGGCAGCCAAAGUUUGCAGAAAGUUCACCAUUGGUUGGCAACAACUUUUGUGCCAAAAGGCAUGCUUGCUCCAGUAAGCCUUUUUCGAGUUAAAGUUGAAUAAAAUCUGGUACACUGAGUUAUCUGAUUGCACAUAAACAUAACAAUUUGAAUUCCCCAGACU